UGAAAUGAAACAAAUAUGAAUAGUACUGUAGAUUCCCCCCCCAAUCCCAAUUCUACAUUAGGUUUGAAGAUAAACAUAUGAUAUGCAUGAAGAUCUCUGACAUGCUUCCCCUGAAUACCUGUCUGUGGUAACAGAGCUCCAUCUCCUUUGAAGACUCCAUCUGGGCUGCCUUCUCUCUUACACAUGUUACCUGCAAUUCAUGAACUUCCAUGCUAUGUACUUGCAGAGGGUGUUGGUAGUUGCAGAAGGCAACCCAUUUACUGCAAAUAAGCAGGCAGCUUUUUUGGAUUCUUGGGGAUUCUGGCUCUGCAAUUAACCAAUUUCACAGACUUGUCAAAAAUGACUAUGACAAACAGAGACAUGAGAAAGGGAUGGUGUAUGGAUAGUUGUCCAUCACCAUGUUAGGGUUCUCUAGGGUUUUGUGUAGCUUAACUUUCCCCAAGCAGGGCCUUUUAGGGUUUUCUUAAUCUGUCUUGAAAACACAAGGUUUCCAAUUUCAAGUACAUGAUUUGGCAAUUGAAUACCGACGAGCUGCUUAAUUUAUGUGUCAAUGGAAUAUGAUUGCUGGUGUGUGAGCUCUGUUUUUCUUAAAGACACUCAGGUGGGUAUUAGGAGCUCAUGAUAUUGAAGUGUUAUAAGGAACUUUCACCGUUGGAAAACCAUGAGACCGAAGAUCAGAUGCUAUAUUAGUUUGGUUUUACUGUUGCAACUUGUAAUAGGUGUGCUUGCUCAAUGGAAUAUGAUUGCUGGUGUGUGAGCUCUGUUUUUCUUAAAAGCAAUCAGGUGGGUAUCAGGAAUUCAUGAUAUUGAAGAGCUACAGCGAACAUUUCACCAUCGGAAAACCAUGAGACUGAAGAUCAGAAGCUAUACUAGUUUGGUUUUACUGCUGCAUCUUGUAAUAGGCGUGCUUCCUCUUGUGCACGGACGCCCAACACUGCUGAACAUAAGGACAGCUCUUGUCCAAGCUGAAAUUCCCUCUUCAAGAGUUGCAGACGGAAGAAAACCAGGGCAGAUGCAACAAGUAGAGUCCAUGAUUGGCUCAAGUCCUCCUAAAUGCCACAGUAAAUGCAAUUCAUGUGGGCCAUGUGAGCCAGUUCAAAUUCCUGCAGAACCCAAGGGCAGAAAUUCAAGUUCAAGUUCUAUAGCUUUUCAGAGGCCUAUGAGAAACCAAGAAAAUACCAACUACAAGCCCAUGAAUUGGAAAUGCAAGUGUGGAAACAACUUAUUCAAUCCAUAGAACUGUAUGUCAGUAUUCAUCAUAUGAAGAAUUUUAUAUGUUGAGCUGGCUAUCUACACUUUGUUGUCACAUUAUCCGGACUUAUGAAAUUCUAUGAAAAUAAUAGAAAUGGGUGU